AUGAUCGGCGGCGGGUGGCUUCGAGAGUUACCGUCCACUUGGGAUUCCGAACGGCUAUUUGCAGGCGUCAGGGGUGCUCAGUACCAGACCUGGGCUCCUGGACGCCACACUGGCUGCGUGCUGGGGCUGCGUGCUGGGGGCUCGCUUGUCGAGGUCAAUAGCACAGUGGCUAAUAUUGAUACAGCUCUCAGCUCCCAGCUCCCAGCUCCCAGCAGCUGAGCUAGCAUCCAACCUUGACGACUACGCUCCAAAGAAAACCGCACGGCAAACCACCACCGCCA